UUUUAAAUUGAUCUGCUUGGGCGAGUAGUUAGUUUCGUUUUUAGCAGAGGCCUUGUUUUCCAAUGUCUGGACGUGGUAAGCAAGGAGGCAAAGCCCGAGCCAAGGCAAAGUCUCGUUCUUCUAGGGCCGGGCUGCAGUUCCCCGUGGGCCGCGUGCACCGCCUGCUCCGCAAGGGCAACUACGCCGAGCGGGUGGGGGCCGGCGCGCCCGUGUACCUGGCGGCGGUGCUGGAGUACCUGACGGCCGAGAUCCUGGAGCUGGCGGGCAACGCGGCCCGCGACAACAAGAAGACGCGCAUCAUCCCGCGCCACCUGCAGCUGGCCAUCCGCAACGACGAGGAGCUCAACAAGCUGCUGGGCAAAGUCACCAUCGCGCAGGGCGGCGUGCUGCCCAACAUCCAGGCCGUGCUGCUGCCCAAGAAGACCGAGAGCCACCACAAGGCUAAGGGCAAGUGAUUUGACAGGCAUCUCAAUUUCCGGAAACGCUUUGACACCAAAGGCUCUUUUCAGAGCCCCCCACCCCACCUCAUAGGAAGAGCUAAUGUCACUUUAGGUUAAGACGGGAGAAAAACACUAAGGUUUCCAAAGCUUCUCACUGCAGAGCUGCCUGGGUAUGGAGUAUCUGUCAUCAGUUCUCAGGAAUACAUGGGUGGAUGGCAUCAUUGUUCCAACAUCACUGACUGACUGCACCUGCAAAUUUCUUCCUAUUAAAAACAUUCUGGGUUAAUCUGUGUGUGUGCACUUGUGUGCCUUGUGGGUAAGGAGAGUAAAACUGGUGGAGGGGAGGAGAAUAUUGUUUCAGGGGAAGCUUUCUUUAGUGCAAAAAUGUGUCUAAUUUUAGAAUAAGUAAAUACUUCCAGAAGGUUCAAACAAAUCAA